GGGGCCUGCUCGCCUCUUUCGCGGGGAGACUUCUUCCUCCAGACGGACGCGUAGACUGCUCGCCCGGCUCCAGCGCCCGCUUCGCAGAAGCUGGUUUAAUUGAUUUAUUUUCCCUAUAAGUGAGAAGUCAGAAACUAUCAAAGUUUCUCAUAAUAAAAAGUAAUGGUUUGAGUGUUCAAGGACAAUAGCCAUCUGACUUUGGUUAUUCAAUAUGCAGAACAGACCAGGAUAUUGCAGCUAUUGCUGUGUGCACUAUAAUAACCUGGAACAGCAUAUAUCCAGUGAUCAACACAGAUACUUGACCACACAGAGUAGACAAUUGAUGGCUACCACUAGUUUGAUGGAUCGUUUCUUGCAGGAUGUUCUGAGGCACCACCCAUAUCAUUAUCAAGAAAGCAGAUCAAUGCAAAAUGAGAGACUUCAUAUGACUACUGUGUCACCUUCUGGAGUGGUUCCGAAUGACGAUUUUGUUCCUGAAAUAAUGACUGAGGAUGCUACUGGAGUCAGAGAAGAGAUGUCUUCCAAGGCUUCUGAACCUGUUGAAGAGCUGUAUUCUAAACCUAGUAAAUCUCAGGAAUAUAUACAGAGUGUUUCAAUUCGGCCAUCAGUUAUUCAAAAACUGGAGAAAGGACAGCAGCAGCCCUUGGAGUUCAUUCAUAAAAUUGGGAGCCAUAUGAAAGAAUUUAACCCAGUUGGUAUUGGUCAUGCUACAAAUAGUAGACAAAACGUAAUAUAUUCAUCAGUGGUUUCUAAUGCUUCUGUUAGUUGUUUACCUGAAAGUUCUAAUGAAAGACCAGUUACAACUAAUGCUACUACUGGGUUACCACUAGGAUCCCAUUUGGAUUCAGUUAACAAAUGUGACCCAGACAAAGUUGACAAAUACUUUAAACAGCUAGACAGGGGCUCUAAAAACCCUAUGCUAUCAUCCCAUCCAGAAACUUCUUCAAUAACUUAUCAGAAACCUAAAGAAUCAAACAGGAAAUCUUUAUGUGUAAAUUCAGAUAAAUUGGUUAUACAGGAAGAUGUAAAAUCUCAGGGUAAAACUUUGUCAACUGGCUCUAAAGUCCGUGAAUUUGUGGGUGCUGAAGGCUUCUUAAAAUUGGAAUCUCUUUCCAGAUUUACAGUAAACCCAACAGUCAACCUGAAUAAAACUGACAUGCCUUCUAAUAAAGGAAUCUUUGAAGAUGGCAUUCCAAAGCAUCAUGAGAAAUUCUUUCCUAAUAUGGAUCAUACCCAAGAAGGAAAGCAUUUGGUCUUUAACAAGUCAGCCUUCUUGGAACAGAAGAUCUCAGUGAGUUCUGAAAUGAAGUUUGCUGGUGGCUAUCUUCAGUCAGCAUCUGAUCACCAUGAAGAGGCUGUGCCAGACCUUUGGAAGGAGGAACAAAUUGACCAAGAAGAUAAGAACUGUGAAUCAAGAGGUUCUGAAAUGAGUUCUGAUGGCAGUUCCUCUUCUUAUUCACUGACGGACCAAUCUAAAGUGACUGCCAAAGAAAUAAACCUCUUAAAGGAAGUACAUGCUGACUUGCAGUAUAAGAACAAUAAAUCUUGUGUUUCUGAAAUAAGCUCUGAUUAUGAUGGCUCCCUUCAGUUGACUUCCAACCAAACUCAAGUAAUUGUUAAAGAUGUAAGUGUUCAGAAGGCAAUGCAUAUUAGGCUGGUUGAUGAAAGCUAUGAAUCUAGUGAUUCUGAGAUGAAGUUUGAUUGUGAUGCCUCACUUCAGUCAACUGAUAACUACCCCCAACAGCCUGAAAAAGAAGUAAACCUUCCCAAGGGGGCACACGUUGGCUUGGUUGAUAUGAACUAUGGAUCUGGUAGCUCUGAAAUAAGUGCUGAUUCUGUUUUCUCACGUCAGUCAGUGGUUGACCAAUUCCCAGUGGCUGUCACAGAAACAAAACUCUGGAAGAAGGUUCACAUUAGCUUGGUUGAUAAGAACUAUGGAUCGAGUUGUUCUGAAACAAGUUUCGAUUGUGAUGUUUCUCUUCAGUCAGUAGUUGACCAUCCUCAACUGGCUGUCAGAGAAAGAAACCUGGAGGAUAGGCUUGUCUAUCUGAAAGAUAAGAAUCGUAAGCCUAGUAGUGCUAAAGCACAUCUUGAUUGUGAUGUCUCUCUUCAGACCAUGACUGAUGAACCUCAGAGGGCUGUUGAAGAAAUCUAUCUUCUGAAAGAGAAGAAUGACAUUGUGGAUAUGAACUGUGGGUCUCAUGGUCCUGAGAUGAAUUUUCAUCUGAUGAAAACAGAUGCUAAGUUAGUGCCUGACCAAUCCCAAGUGGCAGUUAAAGAAGUAAACGCUCAGGAAGUAGCUCUUGACCUGGAGAAUAAGAGUGUUAAAUCUAGCAUUUCUGAUCUAAGUUUUGAUUCUCAUGCUUCUCUUUAUCGAUCAGCUAAUGAUCAACCUCAGGGGGAUUGUGGUGAAAUAAAUCUGAAAGCGUUAAAUGUUGAUAUGGAAAUUAAGAGCUAUGGGUGCUCCAGUUCUGAGUUGAGUUUUGAUUCCGAUCCUCCUCUUAUGUCAGUUACUGAGUAUACUGAGCUGGAUGUUGAAGAAAUAAGAAAGAAGCACAUUAACCUGGAAGAUGAGAGCUUUGAGUCAAUUAGCUCCAAAAUAACUUUUGAUUCUGAUAUUCCUCUUCACUCAGUAGUUGACCAAUCUCAAGUAGCCAUUUAUGAGGAGGAGUCUAUUGAUCUGGGAAAUAAGAGUAAUGAAUCUUGUGUUUCUGAAAUAACUUUUGAUUCUGAUAUACCUCUUCAUUCAGGGAUUUAUCAACCUGAAGUAGCUGCUAAAGAAACAUUCAUUCAGAAAGAAGAGUAUAUACACUUAGGAGGGAAGAAUGAUGAACCCACCGAUUCUGAAAUAAGUUUGGAUUCUUAUAUCCCUUUUCACUCAGUGGUUAACCAUCCAGAAGAAGCUGUUAAAAAGCUAAAUCCUCAAAAAGAAGAGUGGGCACCCUUAGAAAAUAAGGAAAAUGAACCUUGUGGUUCUGAAUUAAGUUUUGAUUAUGAUGUUUUUCGUUCAGUGACUGGAUGUUCUGAAGAUCCCAUUAAAGAAAGAAACCUUCUGAAAGAGGAGAUUAUACACUUAGAAAAUAAAGGUAAUGAGUUAAGUGUUUUUGAAACAAAUUUGGAUUCCAAUAUCCCUCUUCAGUCAGUGAUUCACAAACCUGAAGUGGUUGUUAAAGAACUAUGGCUUCAAAAAGAAAAGCAAGCUAAGUUAAAAGGUAAAAGUGCUAAAUUUAGUGGUUCUGAAAUAAACUUAGAUUCUGAUUAUUCAAUGACUGAAACUCAAAUAGCUGUUAAAGAAAUAGAUGUUCAGAAAGAAAAACGUGUUGUUCUAGAGAACAGGAGUGAUAAAUAUAGUGGUUCUGAAAUAACUUUGGACUCUGAUGUCCCUCUUCAGUCAAUGAAUGACCAACCUCGACUAGCCCUUUUGAAGGAAAAACAUGUGGAUCUGGAAGAUACAAACAAUGAAUCGAGUGAUGGUAAAAUAGCUUUUCAUUCUGAUGACCCUCUUCAGCCAUUGACUGAACAAUUUCAGGAAGUGGUUGAAAAAACAAACCUGUGGAAAGAAGAGGGUAUGGGCCAGAAGAAUAAGGUUGAUGAACCUAAUGCUUCUAAAUUAAUACAUAAUUCUGAUGUUCCUCUUCUGUCUGUGUCUGAUCAACCUGAAGUAGCUGUUAAACGAAUAAACCUCAAGAACGAAGGUCAUGUGUACUUGGAAGAUAAGAACAGCCAAUAUAGUGGUUCUGAAAUGAGUUUGAAUUCUGAUCUCUUGGUUCAGUCAGUAGUUGAUCAUGCUCAGAUAACUAUUUUGGAGCAGGAGCAUACUGAGCUAGAGGAUAAGCACAAUCAAUCUUGUGGCUCUGAAAUAAGUUUUGAUUCUGUUGACCCCCUUCAGCCAGUGGCCAACCAGCUUAGAGAAACUGUUAAAGAAGUAAGCCUUUGGAAGGAUGAAGUUGACAUGGAAGAUAAGAGAGAUGAAUCUAAGUGUUUUGAAAUUGUGUAUGAUUCUGAUGUCCUUUUUCAGUCAGCGGCUGGCCAAACUAAAGUUGUUAAGGAGAUCAACCUUUGGGAGGAGGAUGUUGACUUGGAAGAUAAGGUGGUCAAACCUAGUGAUUCAAAAAUAGAUUUUGUUUCUGAUGAACCUCUUCAGUCUGUGGCUAAUGAAAUUCAAGAGGCUAUUCCAGAAAUAAAUCUUCUGAGGGAGGGACAUGUUUGUCUGUGUACUAAGAGCUAUGAACCCAAUGAUUCUGAAGUCAUUUAUGUUUCAAAUGCCCAUCUCCAAUCAGUGGUUGAGCAACCACACAUAUUGGAAGAGCAACAAGCCAGUUUGGAAGAUAAGAGCAAUGAUCCUUGUGGUCCUGAAAUAAGUUUUGUUUCUGAUGAUCCCCUUCAGUUAGUGACUAGACCACUUCAAAAAGCUGUUGAAGAAAUAGGUCUUUGGGAGGAAGGCCAUAUUUACCUGGAAAAUAAGAGAUAUAAACUAGGUGAUUUUGAAGUAAGUUAUGAUUCUGAUGUUGACUUCAUAGCUGGGCAUUCUCCUGUGGCUGUCAAAGAAAUAAACUUGCAAGAGAAGGAUCAUGACCUUCAUAAGAACUGUGAAUUUAGUGUUUCUGAAAUAAAAUGUGAUUCUGGUGUUCAUCUUCAGUUAGAAGUUGACCAACCUCAAGUGGUUUGCAAAGAAGUAAACCUUCAGAUGGAAAAGCAUCUUGGCAUGGAAGAAAGAGUCAGUGAACCUAGUGAUUCUGAAAUAGUGUGUGAUUCUGAUGUUCCUCUUCAAAUAGUGAUAAACGAACAAGUGUCAGACAAAGAAACAGAUCUUCAGAAGAUGCUAUUUGUGGACCUGAUGACCAGUGAUAACGAUUGUGAAAUGAUUUCAGAUUCUGAUGUCCAUUUUCAGCCGGUGAUUGACUCACCUCAGAUGACUGUCAAUGAAAUCAGCUGUAUAAAUGAAGAAAGUUUUGUUCCAGAAGAUGAGAACUGUGACUCUUGUGAUUCUGAACUAGAAUAUCCUCAAUCAGUGACAAACCAUUCCAAAAAGGCCUUUAAAGUAGUAAACCAGAAGCAAGACUAUAUUAUUCUGGAAGAGACAAGCUGUGAGCCUUAUAUUUCUGAACUAAAUUUUCAAAUUGAUGCCUCUCAUCAGUCUAUGACUUCCCAGUCACAAGAGCCUGGGAAAAAAAAGGCCAAAUAUAUUGACCCCAAAGAUAAGAGCUGUCAAUCUAAUCGUCCUAAAAGAAAUUUUGAACGGGAGGAGACUUCUCAGCCAGUGACUCAGCAACGCCAGAAGGCUAACAAAGGAGUCAACCUUUGGAAAGAUGUCGAAAAUAUUGGCCUAAAAGAUAAGAACUGUGAAUCGAGUGUUUCUGCAGUGGAUUGUAAUGAGUCUCCUGAGUUGGUGAUUCAUCAAAUGCCUGAUAAAGAAAACCUUUUGAAGUUAAAACAUACCAAUCUAAAAAGUAUGAGCUGUGAACCUUGUGGUUCUGGGAAGAAUUUUCAAUGUGAUCCCUCUCUUCAGUCUGACAAUGACCAGCCUCAAGAAGCUGUUAAUAAAAUAGACCUAUUUGAGAAGACGUCUUUUGACCUGAAAGAAACAAACCAUAAUUCCCAUUCAGGCUCUGUUCCCAUGGUUGAUUCUAUACGGAACCUGGAAAAAGCAAAGGAAGUCACGGAAGAUGAUCCUGAUGAACCAGUUCUUGAAGGCUUGCCUCAUGUCCCUCCUUCACUUGUGGGGAAAACAUGGUCUCAGAUAAUGAGAGAAGGUGACGUGAAAAUUAAUGCUGUCGUGAAGGAAUUUAAGAAAGGUCGUUUCCACUGUUACUUUGAUGAUGACUGUGAGACCAGGAAAAUUAAAAAAAAAAAAUCGAAUGAAGGAAAAAAGGUUACCUGGAGUGACCUCAAUCAGGACACUACAUCAAUUCAAGUUCUUUCGGAUUGUGAUGAUAAUGCAGGUGGUAUUUCAGAUAUUGAUGACUUUUCAGUGGCCUUAGAUAAACCUAGCCAUUAUCCUUCAGCAAAGAAGCAUUUUGAACAAACAUGCCGAGUGGCUUCUCCAUGCCAGGCUAUAAAAGUCAGCCAUGGAACUCAAACCAAUCUUGCAAGUCACCCAGGGACAAAAAGAAGAAUAACUGGACAAGAGAAAGACUCUCCAGUAAGGAAGCGUUUACUUUUACAGAAUGACAGAAAAACAAGAAAGAAAGUAAAAAUUGGAAAAGUUGAAUUUCCUGAGUCCUGUAUUACAGUUUUGAAGCCUUUGCAACCAAAUGCCUUAAUUUAUGUUCUUUCUUCAAAUAUUAAGCUGAAGAAAGGUGAAUCCAACGACUUCUCUAAAAGGAGGCACGGUAGUAGAAAUAAUUGGGAUCUUAGCAUACAGUACAAAUUUAACCAGAGUUCCUUUAAUUGUUAUGACCCAUUGAAUAAACAGAUUGUAAUUGAUCCUUCUUUGAACAUAGAAGUACCAGGGCCUGACAGGAAUAACUGUAUGGAAAUUCAUUUUAGCCACCUAAAUUCUAAUGCAGGAGAUGAUGAUACUUAUGUACAAAGCUCUGCUUCGGCACCUUUUAUGACAGUGUCAGUAGGACAUGAAUUAAUGGCACAUCAGGAGGCCAGUGAAUCUGUGUUUCUGGAAAAAUCCAAGAUUUUGAAUUCUAGUGAGGUUUCAAAAGAAAGUAAUUUCCAGUCAACUCUUUUAAAUCAUGAUGUUGCCAAAAUUUCUCUGAAAUCAAUUAGAAAUAAGUUUUUGGAAAGUAAAAGGAAAAUUCAGAGAAGGAAGUUGACAACUAAUAAUAAGCCAGGUUUUCCCAAAGAAGACUGUAGACCAGUUAUUCCCCAGCAAAAAUCCAGAAUUGCUUCAGAAAAACGGUCGAUUUGGAUUCAGACCAAACUAAGUGAUAUAAUUAAAAAGUAUAUUCCAAAAUACUCUGUGUUUUUGCGUCACAAAUAUCGGUCCAGGAGCACUUUUGUUAGGAUGCAUCUUAAGAAGAAAAACUCUGAUGUCAGUAGGUUAAAGAAGGCAAAGAGACCAGCUAAAAUUCUUUCAAAUGCCUCGAUUCCAUCAGCUGGAGCUGAAGAGCAGUCAAGAGCUAUAGCAAGCUCUUCUCCCAAGCAACCUGUGCGGGGCUCUUCUGUCGUUGCAGGAAGUAAGAAGAAUGGUAAUAAAAAACGCCCUAGAAGACAACAAAGAAAACCUUCUAGACCUGUUAGAACAUAUGCUUUGAGAAGUAUGUAUUCUGGUGUACCAUAUUCUGAUAGAAUGAGGACACGGCUCUCUAACAAAUUGUGAGGUAAUGAGGUAAACUAGAGGUGUUUCUAUUAAGGGCUAGUUGAAGAUUCAGUACUUCAAUUGAAAAUAUAUUUGGUACCUAGUGUACAUAGCUUUCCUAACUUUGGUGAAAAAAAUGCACCUUCAACUAUUUUGCUAUAGACUUAUUUUUCAGAACUUUUAUAUUAAUUUAAAGUUAGUGUUUAGGGUCCUUUUUUUUCAAAUUAAAAAACUUCCUUUGUCCAUUUGCUGUGGAAGAGCUUCAUCUUAAUUUAUAUCACAUAAUUUAGCACAGUAUAUACAACUUUCUCCCUCAAAUCAUGUCCCUCUUAUUUAUUUUUUAUGAUUGUGUCUCUCAUGUCAGCAGGUUAUAUUAUUGCAAAAAUGGAUGUGGCAAACAUAAAAUGCUUUUACUUUUUAAAAAUUGGAACAAAUGAAUAUGUAGUUAUUUUCUGUGUGUUUUAGAGUGGCAUUGUCAAUAUCAUAUUCUAACUAGAUAAUUAAAAAGAAGAAACUCUAAUAGAUUAUCUCAGCUUUUGAGUGGGAUUAACCUAAAUAAUCACGCACAAAAUAUAAUUUAUCUUUCUUUUAAAAGCAUUCCAGAGAAUGAGAUUUCAUAAAAUUUAAUCCAGUUUAAAAAACUGCCCGGUGAUUUUACAAACAUAACACAAACUCUUCCUCCUUCAUUUAAACUGAAUCUGCAGGUAUCUAACUUUCCUCAUUUGGACACAUGCGUACAUGCAAUCUCUGCAGGUUUUUCUUUAGCAUUAUUAGACCUUAAGGGGAAAAUGAUCUUGCCAGUGUGAUUAUGCUUUUCUACCACCUUUUCUCCCCUCCACCUGAAGGGUUGGUGGUUUAAUGUGAGAAUCCAGUUAUCUUAUGGCCUUAUCUCUUAAAAAUAUUUUAGAUGUUUCCAUAUCCUUUUUAAUAGCUUGAACUGAAAUGACUGGUUUGGUAAUUUGGGCAGAUCAUUAAUUGUUGUUAUUAAUAAGUUAUAAUCUUAAUAAUUCAAAAGAUCUAAUAAAAACUGAUAACUUAAGUGGUGGCCCAUUUUGCAAGUGAAAAACUGUAUUUGUGCAUUGGUUUGGCUUUCCUUCAAUUUGCUAACUGAUUUUGGUAGUUCACAUAAAAAUGUCAAGAUAUGCAGUUUAGGUCUGAGGUACUCAGAAAGUCUUUAGAUCCUUUAUUCAGGGAUACUGGUUGAGCUGGUACAGAUAAUUAUCCUGUUAAGUCAAGGAUCCUGGAUCCUUUUCUAUCACUGAUGUUAAAGAGAAACAUGAAUUUCAGCUACUACAUUGUAUAAACCAUAUUUUAUUGAAACUAGAUCAGUGUACCAUGAUUUCAGAGAUAAAAAUUUGUUAUCUUAGAAUUAAGUAUAGUGUAACAGUUGGUUUCUAAAUGUAGUUUUAUUUCAGGGGCCAUUAUUGAACCUGUGGGUAUGUUAUGGUGUCACGUUGUAAUUUCUGUACUUGUAAAUUUAAAACAGUAAUGAUAUUGAAAAAAAUGGACAAAUGUUUAUAUUUUUAGUUCCAAAGCAACUUCAACUUUGCCUCAUCUACAAAUAUUUUAAUUUCCUUUCUUAAAAUAUCUGUAAACCACUAGUUUAAUCCUCCAAUCUGAAUUUAGAAAGAAAACUGUCCUACUGAUUAGGAAGUAAACAAGCAGCUAAUUCAUAAAAAUAUUCUAUUUGUGGGUAUUGUUUUUUUUUUUCCUUGUGAAGUAGACACAUAAUUCCCUUGAGUAUUGUUGGUAGGCAUUCUGCCAUCUUUUAGUGUCAGUUUAAAAGCAAGAGAUCAUACGGAAAAAAUGUACCAUGUAAUUAUGAUGUAUCAUAUCUAUUGUGAUUACAUCGUGCACAGAGAAUAGUUCUUAUAAUUCAAGUGAUAAAAACUUGAAGUUGAAAAAAAAAUACCACCUUUUUCACAUUGGAAACUUCUAAGUACCAUUUUUUUUUUAGAGGAAAAGGUUUAUAUCUGAAUUACAUUAAAGUAUAAAAUAGUCCUGAUGAUUUUUUUAAAACAUUUUGGAAAUGUUUACUAAGUUCCUAUAAUCAUUAUUAUUUUAGACAGGCUUGAAAACUUGAAAUUGUAAAAGUUAUAAUUGAAAUUAAAUAAAUAGUGAAUAACUUUCAGAAUUUGGUAGGAUACAAGAGUGCCCCUUUGUCAAAAUUUGUUUCGGCUUAAUUUGCGAAUUAGGUAAAAAUUAGAUGUUUUUUGUGUAUUCAAGUAUGCAUUAAAUUCUUUUAAUAGUAAAAAAUCGAAUUAUAACCAUAGUGAAUAUUUUUAUUAAUCUUGUCCUUGUUCAGUAUCUUGCAUAGAUGUUUACUAUAAUUGUUCCAAAUUGUGCAGUAUGUAGACAACGUUGUGUGAAGUGUGUUUUGGAUUUGUGCAUUUAACUUUUUUGUGUAACUAGGGCUCUGAGUGACAGGUUUUUUUGCUAAAGAGAAACUAUAUUUAAAUAUUCAAAUAAUUAUAUAUUUCCAUGUAAAACUAAUGUGAAGAGUAAUGUAUUUUUUAUAAUGCAAUUUAAAGAGUAAGUUUGUUUUCAAAGUUAUCAAGAUAAAAUUGAUCAAAUAAUUGAAAUUUGCCUCUACUUUCUCUUCAUGUUAGGAACUUUAUCUGGGAAUACUUAAGGAAUCAUAGAUUAAUGAAAACAGAAGUUCAUUUUAUAAAUGGUCCUAGAGAUAAUAAAUAGGGGAAUAUAAAUGUUGAUGCUGGUGAGAAAAUAGUUUAACCAAAGAUAUGCAGGUUAUGUUCAAUGAAGUAGUUAUUUCAAAGGAUUAAAAUUAAACAACUGUUUCUUUGGUGGAGUGGUGGGUUAGCAACUUUUUACUUUGUAUACCUGUAUUGGAAGAGUCAGUGAACAGGACUGAGUUCAGGAGGCAAUAUCUAUAUCAUUAUUUGACACCUACUGGAAGAGAGAACUUUGGUGCCUCCAAUACCAUAGCGUAUGUUUUAAAGAACGAGAAAACAUGGAAGAGUGUAUCUGUGUCAGUGAGGUCAGUGCCUUUGGCCUCAGCAGUAUUGACUUCUAGAGUUUUUGGUCCAGGAUUAUAUUGUUAAGAUGAACAACAGACUUCUCUUUAUAUAAAAAAGUUAAUAGAGUAAAAAUGUAAGAUGGAAGCUCAUUUUCAAUAAAGGACUUUUAUGUAUAGAAAAAAAUGUGGAAAUAUGUGAAAAAUCAUGUAAUUAGGAAAUUACACAUCAAAAUGUCAACGUAAGAAGAUUACAGGCUGAGGAAGAGUCUCAACAUUUCCUUAUACUUCAUUGAGACCGUAAAUAGUAGGGAAGUAACAGUAUAUUUAAUGUUUCCUUUGUUCUUCUUAUACUUGAUUGUACAAUACAUAUUUAAAAAUUUCUCCCAAAGUAUUUUAAAUUAUUUACCUUGGCUAAGGAGUUGUCUAGGAUGAACUAUAGUUUGUUGCUGAAUCUUUGAAGUAUGAACUUUUACUUUUCUCUAUGUUUAUAAUUUAUUACAUGCAUGUUGCUUUUUUCAUGCAUUUUAUUUUCUGAAUUUUUAAACUGGACAUGUAUGUGUACAUGUUGAGCCUUCACUAAGUACCAGGCAUUGUUCUAGACUUUUAACCUGUAUUAUCUCAUUUGAUUUUCAAAGAGCCCUUUUGAGUUAGGUACUAUAGUUGUGACUAAAUAGCAGAUGAGAAAAUUAAGGCAUAGAGCCUCAAUUUUGGGAUUACAAAUGAAUGUUGACUGUAAUCAAAUGGGGAUUACAGAUAAUCCCCAUUCCCAUCCCCAGUCCCAGGCUGCCCCUAAUCUACUGUCUGUCUUUAUAGUUUAGCUUUUUCUGGACAUUUCAUAUAAAUGGCAUCAUACAAUAUGUUGUCUUUUGUGUCUGACUUUUUUCAUUUCCCAAAAUGUUUUAGAGGGUCAUUCAUGUAGCAUGUAUCAGUAUUUUCUUCUUUUUUAAAUUGCUGAAUAAUACUUAUAAUUAGUUUUUAAUGAAGCUGGUGACAGAACACUGGUCUUCUGAUGACAAAUAUGAUAAAAACUGUUAGGUUUGAGGCUAGAUGUUCCUUUAUGCCUCUCACACCUGUUAUCCUCGAUCACUACCCCAAAUCCACGACCACCUGCAUAUCUGCCUUUGUGAGUGCUCUUAUUGCAUACUUGAAUGCUUUAUGCUUCCUCUGUCUUUGACUCUUAUUUCCUUUACUGACCAUCUUGGCAUUCUUUUCACUGUGCUUUGUGAAUUUUCAUUUUCAGUGUCAACACAUUACUCUGUGUUCCCAAUCCUUUCAUUAUGAAUUGCUUGCAAGUGACCAAACUGAGAUUCAUAUUCAAGUUGCCCUUUAUUCUAACCUACAUGAGCAGUAAAGCCAGGAAUUGUUGAUGAUGUACAGGUCAUAGUGAAAGUUCUGGUUUAAAAUUACUGUACUACAUAACCACAGUGUACAUCAUCAAAAUCAGGAAAUCAAUAUUGAUACAAUACAACCCUCUACUCCACAGGCCUUGUUUGGAUUUUACAGAUUGUUCCAAAAUAUUCUCUAUAGGUCCAGGAUUAAAUUCAGGGUCACAUACUGUCGUGAUUCUAGUUUCCUUCAGUAUGGAGCCGUUCCUCAGCCUUUAUUUUUUAUAACUUGACAUUUUGAAGUGUACAAACAAGUUUCUUUGUGGAAUGUCCCUCAUUUUGAGUUUGUGUGAUGUUUCUUCAUAAUGUUUUUCUUUGUGGGGGCAGGGCAGAAAUUCUGUGGACUUCUCAGUGUAUCAUACCAGAAGCCAUGUGAUGUCAAUUUGAAUAAAUGUGGUGAUUGAAGAUA